GGGCCGACCCCCCAGCACACUGCUGGCCAGAUAGACGGACAGAGCCUGGGACAGGACAGUCCUGCAGCCACAGACCAGUCGGGCCCGGGAAGACCUCACAGAGAGCUGCCCAGGGCAGCAGCCAGGCCGUCCCCGCUUUGCACCUCCCGAGCCCUGAAGAUGACACUGCUGGCCUCAGAGCGGUCCCUGCUGAUCCGGAGCAAGUUCCGGUCCGUCCUGCAGCUGAGGAUGCAACAUCGCCGGUCCCAAGAGCAGCUCUCAGAGCAGCACGUGAGCCCAGCUGUGGACAAGACCCCCCUGAAUCACACGGAGCUGAAUGGGACCCCAGAGCAGAGCCGGGUGAAUGCAAAGAGAGGGGAAGGGGCACAGCAGCUGCAGGGCAGCCUGAGUAAUGCAGCUGACAGGACCCUGAAGCCACGAGGCCAGCACAGACCCCACAACACUGGAACUGCCAAAGGUCACUUCAGAGAAGACACCCCCGGAGCCCUGCUGGAGAUCAGGGACAGGACGGGCAAACACCCGCGCUGUGUGGCACCGCUAGACCUGCCCCUGCCAGAGCCUGAGCCCUGCCCCAAUCCGGGCUCUGCUGCCCCAGAGGCCUUCCCCUUUGAUGAAGACUUCAGCAGCUCAUCAUCCUUGUCUUCUCCCAGCCUCACCCCUUCCCCCACCAGGACCUCAGGCAACUCCUCCCCAUCCUCUUCCACAGGAGCAGCUUUCCAGGUGCCACCCCGGCCCUCUGAGGCAUCACGGGCCACCCGCCCGCGAAAGGCAAAGGAGCCACGGCCUAAGGUGAAGAAACUUAAGUACCACCAGUAUGUGCCGCCCGCAGCCAAGCCUGCCCGGGCACCCACCUUGGACACUGCCUGUGCCCGCCUGCUUCAGCACCAGCAACUUGUGUUGCAGCUCCAGGUCCUGCACCAGCGACAGGGGGGUACCUCCCCAGGGCCCCCCACAAUGGGCCUGCCACUGGGCACCAGCCUCUCCACAGAUCAAAUGGUUGGUUUCCCAGCCACACCAUCAGGCACAAUGCCUCCCACUGUUGUCCCAGUGCCUCCCAUCCCAGCCACACCCCCCAAGUCUGACCUGCUUCCAGCCAACUUGGAUGACCUGACGGUGUCAGAGCUCCGCCAGCAGCUGCGCCAGCGGGGGCUGCCCGUGUCAGGCACAAAGCCGGCACUGCUGGAGCGCUUGCGGCCAUUCCAGGUGCGAGGGCCACAGGGGGGUGCAGUGGUGCCCCCGGCUGAGCGGGCACUGCAGGAAAAGCAACGGCUCAUUGAGUCCCUGCGCCGUGAGCUGCGCCGGGAACAGCAACAAGCAGACGACCUGCGCCAGGAGCUAGAGCGGCACCAGCGCCUCCGGGGCACCUGCCCCCCGGCCCUGCCUGGAUCUCCACCCCACCCCUGCCCCCUGCCAGGGGAUGCUGGAACUGAGACUGAGACUGGGAUGGUGCCCACUGGGGAUGCCUUUGUGGUUUUCUGCCCCACAUCAUGUGAGCCCAUUGGCCCUGACCCUGAGCUGCCCCUGCAGAUCACAGCCAGCCCUGCCAGCCCCCCACCAGCACCCCGCUCCUUAGAGGAGGAGCUGCAGGAAGCCAUCCAGAGAGCCCAGCUGGUGCCAAGCGAGUCGAUUGAGGACAUCCUCGAGGAGCCCCUGGUGUGUGCAGGUGACCUGUUGCCGGCAUCACCCCCUCUAUCAGAUGCCCCCACCCCAGCACCCUCAUCGCCACGGCGGGCCUCCUCACCCACCAGUUUACAGGAGGCAUUGCCUGCCAAGCGGCCACGUUGCAGCAGCAGUGGGAGUGAGGCCUGCACACCCACAGCUGCCAUCUUGGAUUUCCCCGGCCACUAUGACUUCCUCACUCCAUCUUCCUCCUCAUCAUCAUCCCCAUCCUCCUCCCAGGACUCCCUGUGUGGGGUCUUCUCCCCUGAGCCCCUGGAGAUGCCCCCGUCACCGGAAGCUGGGCGGGGGACCGGGCCUCGGCCACCCUUUGACCCUGUAGAUUGGCUUGAGGCCUUGACGUCUGGCUCAGCCUCAGGCCUGGGCCCCAGCAGCCCUAUCAGAGCCAGCAUCUUCUCCACUGACUUCUUUGACUCCCCUGACCUGAGUGUUAACCACAUGAUUGACCUCAUGGUGGAGCAGUGGUAAGAACCACGGGACCACCGUGCCCACCCCAUGCUCGCCCUAGCUGUUUUUGCCAGGCCCAGCCAGGGGGACAAUCUCCCUGCACUGGGAAGGGGCUGCUGCUGCCACCAUUGCUGUGGACAUUAGCCAGGGUCACACCAAUUCCAGACACCAUCUUGGACGGGGGAAGCCAUCAGUUGCAGUGAUGCCAAUUCUGGACACCAUCGUGAAUGCCUGAGCCAGUUAUUUUGGGUCUUGCCAACUCUAGAUGCCACCUUGGAUGGUGGGAACACAUUGGUCAGGGUUAUGUUAAUUCCAGCUGCCAACUUUGAUGCAGGAAGCUAUUAUUUUUUAUCUGAAUACUAGAUGCCAUCUUGGAUGGGAAAAGCCACUUUGGAAUUAUAUCAACUCCAGCUACUAUCUGGGAUGGAAAACCUAUUGGUCAGGGUGACAUCAAUUUGUAAACCCACUUUGGAUGGAGUAACCUCGUUCCGUGUCAUGACAAGUCCAGCCACGUGAGAUGGGGGAUCCUAUUGUUUUGGAUGAUGCCAGCUGCACAUGCCACAUUGAAAUGGGGAUGGCAUUGUUCUGGGACUGACAAUGACUUCAGACCCCAUCCAGAUGGCAGCCCACUGUUUUGGGGUAAUGUCAACUCCAGCCACCAUUUUGCAUAGAUCAAAUCAUAUUUUGGAGUUGCAUCAACUGCAGAUGGUAUCUUUAAUAGAACAAACCACUGCUCAAGGGAAAUGUCAGCACCAGGCCCUUUUUCAGAUGGAAUACGUCCUUGCAUGGGGUAAUGACAAAUUUGGCCAUUAUCUCAGACAGGUCAAAUAGCUUUUCAUGGUGACUGCAACCCCACAUGCCAUUUUGAAUAUGUUAAACCUUUGUUUUGGGUGAUGCCAACCUCUGCUACCACGUUGGCUGAAUCAGACUAUAGGUAUUAUAGCUCUCAGUGCCAUCUAGAUGUGCCCAAUCAUUGGUGUUUGCGAGACAUUAAUUUCAGGUGCCAUCCUACUGGGGAGAAGCCAUUUAAUUGGAUCUAAUACUCCAUAUGAGAACAGGAUGCGAGAGGAGACGCUGUGAAAUGCCAUUUUGUUUGGGCCAUACCCGCUCUGACAUGCACUACGCAGGAAAAAGGAGAUGCUAACAAUGGAAGUCAUUUUGGAUGGACCGUACCAUCUUUGGACAUUAUUAGAUAUGGAGACGCUAGCUCUAGACUUCAUCAUGGAUGGGCUGUACUGUCAUGGACCUAGUUUUGUCAGGGGAGGGAGGUGCUCACCCUAGGAGCCAUCUUGGAUGAGAUGUACCAUUCUUUGAGCUAAUAUGGGGAUGAGGAUAUGCUUGCUACAGGUGCCAUUUUGGUUAGAUGCUACCAUCUUUUGGUCUGCUGUAGGCAGCCUGACUCCCUCUGUCUUGUUAUUAGCCCUUUGAACACUAUGCCCUUUUCCCAACUAGCUUCCCACUGGCCCCUAGGUUCCCCCCUUCCUCUUGUGAGCAAGACUCCCCAUACCAAAUAAAACCACUCCACCCUUUGAA